UUUUGGAACACAUGGUGGACAAAAAAAUGGCCCUUCUCACUGGUAGAUCUUUUCUGCUCAAAAGCAGGCCCUACAUCUUCUGUAGAGCUUGUAUUUCUACAACCAGUGCCCGUGCUAGCAAUGGAUCUAUAGAGGACCUUUCAAAUGGAAAGUUGUAUGAACUAAGAACAUAUGCCAUCAAGCCAGACAAAUUUGGGGAAUUCACCAAGAUCAUGCAGGAAGGGUACAUGCUCCGCACUGCACACUCAAAGCUGAUUGGAUACUGGAGCACAGAUCUUGGUGGUGUCAAUGAAGUCGUUCAUAUCUGGGAAUAUGAUAAUUAUUCUCAUCGUACGGCUGUUAGAAAAGCACUCUCCCAGGACAAGGACUGGAUUGAGAAAUGCUUUUCACGAAUUCUCCCAAUGUUUGCAAAUCAGACUAAUGUGGUGUUGAAGGCCUUCCCUUGGUGCAAGCUACAGCUGGAGCCAGGUCAAGGCAACCCAGGUGUGUUUGAGUUAGUGAGCUAUCAGGUAAAGUCGGGCCUGGUCUCUCAGUUUGAGCAUCGACUGUUACAGGACUAUCCUCAGCUCAACUACAACCCUCUGGGACUGUGGUACUCUGUCUUUGGGGACAUUAAUAGAGUGUACUCCCUCCUUCGCUAUGACAGUCUAGAUCAGAGGGAAAAAGUAGUCGCUAAGGCCAAUGACGAUGAAGUCGUCAGAGAAACAAUGCGUGAUCUUGACAAGUAUCUGGAUGGCACUGUGAAGAAAGCUUUAGUUCCUACCACCUUCUCAGCACUGCAAUAACUUUAUAAUUAAUUAUAGUGACAAUUCUAUUUUCAGUGAUAAGUAUUAUGUAUAGCUAUAAUUAUAGCUUAUUUGUUUUUUGGAUUAUGAAUGUUAUAAUGUGUAUAUCACAAUACAUUAAUUUGACAAUUAA